AACGACCCUUGCCCCCCUCUUCACCCCAACGACAAGCAAAUCAUACCCAAACCCUCUCCUCUUCACACACACACACUUUCUCUCUCUCUCUCUCUUUUCUCUCUCUGGACCAUCAUCUCAAAUGCCAAAACCAUGUCGGAGCCUCCCAAGGCAUCGGCAGUAAUCCUAGUCGAUCACCACCCCUACCACCAUCCGGCACCAGCCCAACCACCGCUGCCGCCGCUCAUCACCCCCGGCACCACCACCACCCCAUCCUCUGCCUCCCCCUCCCCUCUUGUCCGCGAAUACCGCAAGGGCAAUUGGACCCUCCACGAGACCCUCGUCCUCAUCACCGCCAAGAAACUCGACGACGAACGCCGCAUCAAGGCCAGCUCCACCCCUCCCAACCCCCCCAAUCCUAAGCACUCCACCAAAACCGUCGAGCUCCGCUGGAAGUGGGUUGAGAACUACUGCUGGAAGCACGGCUGCCUCCGGAGCCAAAAUCAAUGCAACGACAAGUGGGAUAACCUGUUACGCGACUACAAGAAGGUCCGUGAGUACGAGGCCCGAUCCGACGGUUCCAAAGAGAAUCCUUCGUACUGGAAGAUGGAGAAGCACGAAAGGAAGGAACGGAACCUCCCCUCCAAUCUCCUCCCCGAGGUUUUCGAAGCCCUUAAUGAAGUUGUUCAUCGCAGAUACCCCCCAAAAACAGCCCCUCAGCCUCUUCCUCCCUCCGCUACAGCUCCUGCUCCUGCUCCUGCUCCUGCCCCUGCUCUUCCUCCGCCUCCACCACCCAUCAUUGUCCAUCCUCCCCCGCCACCCCCUCCACCUCCUCCACCACCCCCACCACCAGAGCCAACGGUACCUCCGGCCGUUUCAGAAACGUCGGAAUCAGCCGAGACGGAACGGAGUGAGAGAUUAGAAUCCGAUACGAAACGCCAGAAGGUGCAUAGCCUGGGAUCAAGCAUAGUUCGAAGCGCGUCGGUCCUGGCUCGAACCCUACUUGCUUGUGAGGAGAAGAAGGAGAAACGGCACCAAGACGUGAUCGAGAUUGAGGAACGGAGGCUUCGGAUUGAAGAGAACCGAAACGAGGUGAACCGGCAAGGGAUUUCUAGUCUGAUUGCAGCUGUGAGUAAUUUAUCUGGUGUAAUCCAGUCCUUCGUUUCGGAUCGCCGUGAUGUGACGUGAAGCAAGUUGUUGAAUAAUGGGUGGUCUCGGCACAAGAGCUCCUUUUUCGUCCGGGAGUCAAAAUGACUGAUACGCCCUCCAGUUAUGCUUUAUUGACGAACGUGGUUGGAGUCAGAGUGUCAGACACGUUUGGUUUACUGUGAGGGGCACGUGAAGUUUCCGAAAAGUUUCUUUCGGGACUUGAGUCCGAGUCCGAGAUGGGGUACGGUACAGACUACAGAGGGUAUUGAUAGAAGGGAAACUGGGAUUAUUGACCGGUGGUUAAAAACUUAAAACUAGUAUUUCAAUCAAGUGGCUGAGAUUGAUUUUUGUUGAAAGCUGAAACCUAUCCGAUGGUUGGUCCUGAUUAAUCUUCAAUUUUCUGGUUAUGUGUGGAGUAUUGUAUGAGUGCCCCAAAUUGUUUCAGUGUUGGAGGGGAAAAAAUUUGGAUUGGAUUCUUACCGGUCUGGUUGAGUAUUGAGCCUAAUUGGUCUAAAAUAUUGUAUUAGAGCCAUUGACCCAGAUGGUUCAACCGGAAAAGAACCAGUGAAUUUUCUUGUUGAAAAAUUAUGGAAUACUAUCUUCUUUGCCUGUUUUUGGCUAUGAUAUUUGGUUUGGUUUAGACUCAUGGCCGAAUAUUACCCCAAAUUAAUUCUG